CUCGUAAAUCAUAAUUCACAAUACAAAUUAUUAAAUUAAUAAAUUAACAAAAGUUAAAUUUUUUAUGAUUUAUAUCAUUUGAAAUUAAAAUCGAUGUUAUUUGUGAUUUUUUUAUAAAGCAUUUCAAGUUAAAUUUUAUUGCGAUGUCCACAUCGCCCAGCCAUGAUCGAUGAUCGAAGUGAUUCAAAUGAACAUUUCUUGGUGACACACGGCCACAAAACAUUCUGCUCAAUCAUUCAAUAAGUUCAUUUCUCAGACGAACAUUAUUGUAUUGGGUACUGAAAUUUUGGUUAUAGAUUUGUGUAUCAGCCUGUUCAGUCAUUACGCUUUGGUUGUUUAGGACUGUUCCAAACUAGUUCUCAGCUAGUACUAUUAUUAUCCAAAGAUUAUUCAACAAUCCAAACAACCAUCAAGAAUAAGUUAAAGCUACGUUGCCUGUGCUACAUUCAUAGAACAUUCAUUUUUGUUUGAGAUGGACGCAGAGUUUGUGGUCAAGGAUACAUGUGGUUAUGAUUCAAAUGAUGAGGUAAACUCAUCUACUAGACGAAGUGUUGAAAUGGACUUGGUAGCUUAUGAUUCAUCUCCUCGUUCAAAUGGAUCUAAUCAUAGCAUCAACAAUGAACAAAGUGUAGAUACUUCAAAUAAUAAAACUAAUUGGUAUAAAUCUGUAGAUUCAUUUCUGGAUACUGAAAAAAGUAGAGAAAGAGGCAGAAGUCGAGAUCAUAGUCAAAAAAGUAAACAUGAUAAAAGUUCGAGUAGACACGGUAGUAGGAGACGUAGCAAACAUAAAAAACACCAUAGGUCAAGAUCAAGGAGUAGGUCUAGAUCUAGGUCUAGAUCACAAAAACGAAGAAGUAGAUAUUCUCCUGGUGAUCGUGACUCUCAAACAAGUCAAUAUAGUAGUGAUGAGGAACGUCGAAAACGCCGUUCAAGAAGCCUUGAAGGUUCUGAUGGACCAAGAGUCAGAAACAUAUAUUCAGAUUCAGCUACUACUAGUACUCGACGUCACUAUAAUACUGUAGACACAAGAAGAAAUCAAGAUGGAUCACAAGAAUAUUAUCGUGAAGAAGAUUUUGAUAGAUACACGUUUAAAAAACAAAUUCCGAAUAAAACUAUUAUUGUCCGUGGUUUAGCUCCUCACAUAUCAGAAAUUGAUAUAAGAAAAGAAAUAUUAAAAUGUGGUCUUACACCUGUUGAUAUACGUCUAAUUAGAAAAAAAGAUACUGGGUCAUCUCGUGGGUUUGCAUUUGUAGAAUUUUUUACAAAAGCUGAAGCUGAAACACUAAUGGAAAGUAAACAGGGUGAAAUGAUGUUGAGAGAUAAUUUUAGGGCAAUUAUGCAGUAUACUAUUUCUACAAUUGACCCUGAAAAAAUGUUAUCUGAUUGGUGGUGUAAAUGCAAUGCUCAUAAUUUUAAGCGCAGAGAAAGCUGCUUUGUGUGUGGAGCUUCAAGAGAAGUGGGAGAAAUAUUUGAUCACACUAAAGAAGUUAGUUCUUAUCCUACGCAUACAGUUUUACUGCGAGGACUAGAAUUGUUUACAACUGAAGAAAAUGUUCUUAAAGCUAUACAGCCACUAUCAACACUGCCUAUUCGAAGUGUUAGAAUCGGUCGAAAUCCAUUGACAAAUGUCUCUAAAGGUCUUUGCUACUUAGAAAUGAACAAUGUGGUUGAUGCUAUGUAUCUCCAUAAUGCAUUAAUUGUAGAAGAUCCAUUACUUAUUGAUGGAAAAGAAGUUCUUGUGUCAUAUUGUAAACUUGGACCAGUCGGACCAAUAGCUACUGCUUCAAUGGGUAAUGCUGCAGUUGAAGCAGCUAAAUGGAGCAAUCAGAAACCAGAAACUCCAAACUAUACUAUUGCUGAUGUACCUAGGCUUGCAGAAUUUAGUGCAAAUAUUUAUGCAAAAACUCCUGUUGAACGAACUUCAUAUGUACAAUAUUACACUAAUUUUUACACUGAAAAAAUACAAAAAGGAGAGACUAUUAGUAUGCCUUCUAUACCAUCCGUACAACCUAUUUCGGCUGCUUAUGCACCUGUUGGGACCGUUGUUAUGUCACAAGCUGUUCCAGCUUUUCCAUUACCUAUUACUAAUAAGGUUGAUCCUUUAAGUCAACCUCCGUCUGGGAAAGGAGAUACCACGUACUCUCCACCUGAUUUAUCUACUUAUCAAUAUGACAAAGGAUCUGGUUAUUAUUAUGACCCAUACACAAAGCUCUAUUACGAUGCAAACUCACAGUAUUAUUUUAACAGUUUUACAAAUAGUUUUCUUUAUUGGGAUGCUACAAAACAAACUUAUUUAUCAGCACCUUCAAAUGAAAAUUCAAAUUCUGAUGGAAGUAAUAUCAAUAACGAAUCUAAAAAAGAAGAGACUCCAGUAGAAGAAAAAAAAGACGAUGACAAAGUAAAAGUAGCAAAACGUAUUGCCAAAGAUAUGGAAAAGUGGGCAAAAACAUUAAAUCAAAAGAAAAUUUCUGCUAAACAAAAUUUAGUAGCAGCCCAAGUUGCAAUGCAAACUGCUAAAACUCAAGCUGCAGCAGAUAUUGGGUAUUCUGUGAUGGGUACUAAAACAGAACCUAAAAAACAGCAAUUACCAGUUGCUUCCACAUCUGAUGACACUAGUUACAAUGAUGAAAUUAUGGAAGAAGCCAAUCGAAGCGAAGAUGAACAACAUACUGAUUGGAUUAAACUUGCUUGUCUAUUAUGUAAACGUCAGUUUAGUAGCAAAGAAAUAUUAAUAAAACAUCAACAAAUGUCUGAUUUACAUAAACAAAAUAUUAGAAAUUGGUACAACGAAAGAGGAUUAGAUCCAGAUGAUGAAUCAAAACGGGUUAUUCAAUAUAGGGAUAGAGCAAAAGAAAGAAGGAUGAAAUAUAAUGAGCCUGAUAAACCUUUAAAUAACCUAAAAGACAAGUACAUGAAAGCUAAAGAAGCUACCGUGGAUUAUGAACAACCAACUAAAUUGGGUAUUGGAUCAGACAACAAAGGUAAUAAAUUAUUACAGAAAAUGGGUUGGCAAGAAGGAAUGGGACUAGGUAAAAGUAAUCAAGGACGAACAACUAUAAUAGAAGCUGAAGGUAGAUUAGCAAAUGCUGGAUUAGGUACUAGGGCUGUUGGUGUGGUUCCAGGUCCUCGUGAAACAUACAAAGAUUGUGUGAAGAAAAUGAUGCGUUAUAGGUAUAAUGAAUCAGAGUAAUUUAACAGGUAAAGAUUGAAAUUAUUUAUUAUGUAGUGUUUUUUCCACAGGAAAAAGUUAUUUUAAUAUGUGAUGUAUCAAUCUGAUAUUUUAUUUUUCCUCAAAAAUAAUGAAUAGAAAUAAUAUAAUAUAUGACAUUAUCUUAAGGAAAUAAUCCAAAAUAUAUUAAAUAAAAUACAUUAGAAGGCAUUACAUUUUUAAUCUUGUUUAAUACAUGUUUAAAAUUGUAUUAUUGCAUUUGAAAGACAUUAAUGUUAUUUUAGUGACAAAAAAUUGUAUAUAUUGUAAUAUUAAUUAAAAUCUUUGAUACAUAAAAUAGUUUUUAAAUACAUCUACGUGUAAAUGUAGUGUACCUAAUUAGUUUUAUCCAAAUUUGACAAAAUAAUAGUAAUCAUAAUAAAACAAUUAUAGUCCUGUCACAUUUUAAUAUUAAUUGUAGAACUAUGGUAGCUCUAAAGUAAAUUUUCCUUUUUAUUAUUUUUUUUCUAACCAAAGGUUUAAAUAUUUACAAACUUAUUUAUAAGCAAUGUAGUGUAG